AUGAAAAUUGAAUAAUAAGAUUUAAGAUUUCGCGACUCUAACAAUUUCCAAAGUAUUCCCUAACUGUAAAUUCUGGUUUUAGGUGAUGGAUCAACUGGCAAAACUUCGCUCCUCAAUAUACUAACAUAAAGAAAAUACCCAAUAAAAAUCAAAUCGGACUAAUCUAAGAUCCCAAUUAAAACUCAAGGAUGUGAUAUCAAAAUUGCAAUGAGGAAUUAUUCCAAUAAAAAGGUUCUCCUUAAAAUGAUCGAUCUUUCUGGAGAUAAGUCAUAGAGGCAAUAUCUGGAUGUUUACAUCUCCAGACUCAAACUGGACGCAAUAAUCUUCUGUUUCGAUGUCACCAAUCUUAAAACAUUGGACCAUUUGGGAAAAUGGAUUAAGAGACUCACUGUAAAGGAUGCCAUCGAUCAGGAAAUGGAGGAAUUCCUAGAUACCGAUAGAAGCGAUUUUUCUCUUGGAAGCACUACAGCUGUUUCUGAUGGAUAAGACUCUCUAUUGAAUUACCAUAAUUACAACGGAAUUCCAAUGAAAAGGAUCCUUCAGACACCAUUUAUAUUUAUUGGUUGUAAGAUCGAUCUGAUUCCUUCUGAUAAUCACAUCCCAUUGAGACAAUAAGUUUAGAAGAGAAUUCAAUAAUUCUACAAACGAUCCAACACAGUGAUUUUAUUAAGUACAAUAAACCCUUCCGUAUAUUCUGAUCAAUUUAAUCUAUUAGAAAAUUAUAUAACUAGAAUAUAUCAAUGGGAUAUGAUUGAGGACUUCUUUAUUUAGGAUCAGAUUCAAUCAAAAAGAAUACCAAUAGAUGAGUCCUUUUGGAAGGAGACAAUUUAAAUAAAAUUGCAAAAUAAAUUACAAUAUUUGUAUGUGUUUGUAAAGCAUUUUUGUUAGAAAUUACUUUUUAAAAAGAUGAAAAGAGAUGAUUGA